AUGGCUCCUAGUUUUUUCACAAAUCCUCUUAAUAGUGACCAGAGGUGGAAUCAUCUUAAAGUAGGUGUUGACGGAGUUGACCCAAGAUUCAAAACUGGUGGUACAAAGAGAAAAGCAGAGGGAUCCUUCCAUACAGGUAAUCCUACUUUCUCGAAAAGUUCAUUGUAUGUCCAUAAUGAAGAUGAUGUUGAUGCACAUUACAAUGCCAAUGGACCAGAUCUUGGUCAAAAGCUUUCAAUCUCUCCCUUAUAUCCCCAGUGUUAUUGGACUGGCUUGGACAAUCCUACCUCCCCUUGGCAGCUACUUAGCUUGUCCAACAAACCCUUUGGCCACAAAAAGAUAAAAAGAACGGUGAGCAUGCCUGAAACCAAUGUGGGAAAGAAUUUGUUAGAUGGAGUAAAGUUUCCCAUCCGUCGUAACAGCAGUACCAACAGCUUGCCCAAGCUCCAGUUUCGGGACCACAUCUGGACUUACACUCAAAGGUACCUUGCAGCUGAGGCCAUUGAAGACGCGAUGUUGGAAAACGGGAUGGCAGAACAUGAAGGAAAUAUGGAUGGCAUGCAUCUUGUUCAGCUAUUAAUUUCAUGUGCUGAAGCUGUUGCCUGUCGUGAUAAGGCACAUGCUUCGAAUUUAUUAGCCGAACUUCGAUCCAACGCGCUUGUUUUUGGUUCAUCUUUUCAGCGAGUGGCAUCAUGCUUUAUGCAGGGGCUCACAGACCGGCUAGCCUUGGUGCAACCACUUGGGGCGGUUGGGCUGGUUUCUCCAGCAACAAACCAAAAUGUCAUUGCAACAGAGAAAAAGGAAGAGGCUUUACGCCUGGUUUAUGAAGUUUGCCCCCACAUUCAGUUUGGUCACCUUGUUGCCAAUUUAACAAUAUUGGAAGCCUUUGAGGGAGAGAGUUUUGUUCAUGUUGUGGACCUUGGUAUGACCCUUGGUUUGCCACAUGGACACCAAUGGCGUGGACUUAUAGAUAGCCUGGCUAACCAUCCUAGUCAGUCUCUGUGCCGCCUGAGGAUCACUGCAGUUGGAUCCUGUGUUAACCAGUUCCACAUCAUCGGAAAUGAGCUGGAAGCCUAUGCCCAAGAAAUGGGCAUAAUUCUAGAGUUUUCAUAUGUGGAAUGUAGCUUGGAAACCCUUAAGCCAGAAGAUAUUAAAACAUAUGAAAACGAAAUCCUAGUUGUAAACAGCAUUCUCCAGCUUCAUUGUGUGGUGAAAGAGAGCCGGGGAGCUCUAAACUCGGUUCUAAAAAUAAUACAUGAACUGUCCCCAAAGGUUUUAGUCCUUGUUGAGCAGGAUUCUAGCCAUAAUGGACCAUUUUUCCUUGGAAGGUUUAUGGAAGCACUGUAUUAUUACUCAGCAAUUUUUGAUGCCCUUGAUGCAAUGCUACCUAAAUACGACACUAGACGAGCAAAAAUUGAACAGUUUUACUUUGCAGAAGAAAUCAAGAAUAUCGUCAGUUGUGAAGGUCCUAACAGGGUGGAAAGGCACGAAAGGGUGGACCAAUGGAGGAGAAGAAUGAGUCGGGCAGGGUUUCAGGCUGCACCAGUUAAGUUGAUGGCUCAAGCAAAGCAAUGGCUCACAAAGCUUGAAAUUUGUGAAGGAUACACUAUUGUGGAAGAAAAGGGUUCGUUGGUUCUUGGUUGGAAAUCAAAGCCCAUUGUCGCCGCUUCUUGCUGGAAAUGUUAA